AUGAAAUUUCGGGCAGAUUUUCUGGAAGGGAAGUGCACACAGUGCCUUGUUGAGAACUACAAGAGCAUUGUGGAACUAUGCUCGUGCGGUGUGGAGCUCUGCGAGAAACACGGGUAUUUUCAUCUUUACAAGAGGCAUGUAAAAUUCCCCGUGGAGAUACAUAAGGAGAACGACAUAACCGAGGUAAGUCUCAAAGCAAACGACCUUUGCAUGAUAGAGGGAUUUUUGGAGCUGCUUAAGUGCAAGACCAUUGCAAACAGCUAUGUGAGGUCUUCCAAAUGGAGCUCUCCGUGCAUGCACACGUUCAAAAUAUUUAAGGAGAUGGGGAAGGUUUUCUAUUCAAACGUGCCAAAAACCAUAUACUGCAAAACCUCCGCCUGCAGUGUCUGCCUGCUCCAGGAGAACCGGUGGCUGUGCAUUGCCUGUGGGCUUGUUUUUUGCGGCCGGAAAAGGCACGAUCUGGAGGGGAACGAGCAUGCAUACGCGCACUUUGAAGAGACCGAGCACUGCUUGUUUGUAAAUAUAGAUGCACUUGUGCGGAGGCGGACGUGCAUUGUGGCCUUUUGCUCGUUCUGCGGGGUGUUUGUGCUUGACGAAAUCAUCAACAAAAUACUGGCGUGCCAGUAUUCUAUUAUCUCGGGGUGCUACGCGUGCAAGUCGCAGGAGAGCGCAAAAGGGAGCCCCGAUCUCGGAAGGAAAGAGGGGUGCAAGUGCUUCCAAAGCCUCCGAGCGGAAAAGUACCAGAAAUCGCCUGGGUAUGCACUGGCGGUCAUUCACGCUAUUUCCUAUGGGAUUCUCAGCACAGGAAACAUGGCGAUAUUCAACGACCUAGUCAUAAAGGAGGAGAACAACGAGUUUCUAAACUCUUUCAAUGAAAUACUUGUAAAAGUGUUCUGCAUGCACGCUCUAAAAAAGUACGAGUACAUAUUUGUGGACCACAUUGAAGAAAUAGUGAACAACUCGUAUGAAAGGUCGGGAGAAGCCAUACAAAUGGACGCCGCCCGCUUUUUCAGAAACUUCUUGUCGCUUUUAAAGCGAAUGGAAAGGACCGACGGGAAAAAGGCCAGCAUCUCCGGGCUUUUUUACGUUCUUGUGAGGUCGCAAAUAACAUGUGGCGCGUGCAAGGAGAGAUGGGAGCGGUCCGAGAAAAUAUCUAUUAUAUACCUUAAGCCGCGGCAGUCUGUUUCCGAGUACUUCUCCACAAAGCAGCUGGACGCGGUCUGCAAGUGCGGGGCAAAGACAAAAAUUGUGACUUCUUGCUUGGCAAACACGCCCCAAAUAAUUGCCAUCCGCUUGAAAAGGCCAUCAAACUCGAUUCUUGGAAACAGCUCUGACCACGAAAUAGAAAAAGAAAUCUUCAUACCGUGCAUGGAAAUGGACUCGCGGGAGAGCGCGCCCCAAGAGUGCGAGGAAAUGCUUAAGUCAGACCUGAUAUCCUCUGAGGUGCACAACAAAAUGAAGGACCUCUUUGUCACAACAAAAGAAGAUGACUCGCUUGAUGAAAACGCAAAUAGCUCUCAGAGGAUUCUUAAAUACACGCUCCGCGCGUCUGUGGCCCACCAAAACAACACGCGGGGGAGGUACUAUUUUUCACAGAUACUGGACGAAAGAGAGUUUCCAAAAGACCAAAGCGUGGACAUUGAAAGCGUUCUCUGGAACACCUUUAUAGAAGGGAAAAUAUGCAAGCUCCCUUUCUUUAAAAGCGACUCAACGCUUCUUUUCUAUGUACGAAGUGAAAUGUAG